CCCCGAGAUCAGAGCCAUGGCGAUCCGCUAUAAGUAGCCUCCCUCCAUCUCUCCCUCUUCCCCAACAUCAUCUUCUGCAGAAGAAAGGGAGGAGUUUGGUGCACACAACACGAUGAACGGAGCGAUCAAGGUGGGAGCAUGGGGAGGGAACGGAGGGUCGGCCUUCGACAUGGGACCUGCUCAUCGUAUCAUCAGCGUCAAGAUUUUUUCCGGAGACGUGGUCGACGCCGUGGACGUCACCUUCACCUCCUACGGGAAGACGGAGACCCGACACUUCGGUGGCAGCGGUGGUACUCCCCACGAGAUUGUUCUGCAGGAGGGCGAGUAUCUGGUGGGAAUGACGGGAGAAUUUGCUAACUACCAUGGAGUGGUGGUGUUGGGGAAGCUCGGCUUCAGCACCAACAAGAAAGCCUACGGACCUUUCGGCAACACGGGAGGGACUCCCUUCUCCCUUCCUAUAGCAGCAGGCAAGAUCUCGGGCUUCUUCGGCCGUGGCGGCAAGUUUCUUGACGCCAUUGGGGUCUACUUGGAGCCACUCUAUCAUAUUUAUAUAUCUAUUGGGACAUGGAGAGGGAACCGAGGGUCGACGUUCGAAAUGAGACCUGCUUAUCAUAUCAUCAGCGCCAAGAUCGGUGCAGGAGACGUGGUCGACGGCAUGGACGUCACCUUCACCUACUACGGGAAGAUGAAGACCCGACACUACGGUAAGCACCGGUGGUACUUCCCACGAGAAGAAAGGGAGGAGUUUGGUGCACACAACACGAUGAACGGAGCGAUCAAGGUGGGAGCAUGGGGAGGGAACGGAGGGUCGGCCUUCGACAUGGGACCUGCUUAUCGUAUCAUCAGCGUCAAGAUUUUUUCCGGAGACGUGGUCGACGCCGUGGACGUCACCUUCACCUACUACGGGAAGACGGAGACCCGACACUUCGGUGGCCGCGGUGGUACUCCCCACGAGAUUGUUCUGCAGGAGGGCGAGUAUCUGGUGGGAAUGACGGGAGAAUUUGGUAACUACCAUGGAGUGGUGGUGGUGGGGAAGCUUGGCUUCCGCACCAACAAGAAAUCCUACGGACCUUUCGGCAACACGGGAGGGACUCCCUUCUCCCUUCCUAUAGCAGCAGGCAAGAUCUCGGGCUUCUUCGGCCGUGGCGGCGAUUUUCUUGACGCCAUUGGGGUCUACUUGGAGCCAUAAUUGGACACUGCAGUAAAUCACAAGAGUUGCUAUGUGCUACUUUGAGUGAUGAGAUGAACGAUGUCUGCAAUAAAUGGAUUGGUGUUUGCCAUCCCCAGCUGUUGUUGGAUGUUGCUUGGAAUAAUAAUGAUAUGGUGUGUUA